GAAUAAAUUUUACAGUUGGGGGAUAAUCGGAUGGAAAAUGAUCAUAAAUCCCCGUCCUUAAGAGCCUGGAGGCUGUUAGAGGGAAGGUUAUGUAAGCCCUCAUAAAGCAGUCCAAUGUGUCUUCCCCUUGUCCACGCGCUUAAUUGCCCUUUUAAUAAACGGUUGCUAUUGACUGGACAGUGGAGAUACGUACGUGACGCAGGUUGGUUGUGACGCACGCAAAAAGGCGGGUUUUUCCCUCAUUUCGUUCUGCUCAUGCGCAGUAAAUAAAAUUAUAAAACCAAAGCUGCUAGCUAAUCUCUGUGUUUUUUUCGGUUUGUAUUUAAGUUAAUUUUGGCUACACUGCUAUUUAUUUAGGAUUUAUGUUCCUUUUUUUUUUAAUACAAACUUCACAGAAAUGGUAAUUUGAAGGUUUAAACCGCGUAAUAAUCGUUUUUUAUUUUUCUUACGAAUGCUAGCAUGUGAAAUAUUGCUCGGCAGAUGUUAGACGUGGGCUUUCCUUGCAGUCUCCUCCCCCCUCCUUAAUGGCUGAGGGGGGCAGGCCUUGUUGAGGCGGGCUAUUACAGCUUUGGCAGGUGAUGCCGCAGCUCACUCAGGGCUUGAAGAUCCUCCUCGCUUAUACGGUUUUAAUUAGAGAGCUGACCUGGUUUCAGCACCGCGGCGCGUCAACAGCUCCAGAGGACGCCCGGAGAUUUGCCCGGCCCCUCCCCGCCCUCCGCGUCUGACAGAGCGGGAGCUGCAGACUCAGCCUCGCGGCACCAGUGAGCACCAGCCGGCGGCCGGAGCGGAGCUGUCCACACAUUCAGCACCUCUCCUCUGGAGACCCCCAGGAGACUCCCCGCGCGCUUUUAGAAUCAUCAUGGCGUCAAAAGCCGUCUGCCUUUUUGUCCUCUCCCAGCUUCUUGCUCUGAAUGUAGUGAACCCGGUCUAUGCCUUCCCCACACCUCCAGCCUCAACGGACGCAGAUAAAUCUGUGUACAACCGACAGCUGACAGAGGAGAGACCACUACAGCAGCAGAUUGCAGAGGCAGACAGUGUGAAGGCUGCCUUACAGUCAGCUGAGGGCCAGCAGCCUGCCGCCUCCAAGGAGUCAGAUCAGGACAGUGAUGACUUUACCAUGCUAAAGUCUUUGGCCGACGGCCAGAAAUCAAAGGAGCCCUCGGUGGUACCGGUCAAAAAGGACGACCAAUAUGUUCCCGAUGAAUCAGAUUCCACCAAGAGCCGCCGUCUUGCUGAUGACUACGAUUCGACCAAGAGGGGGAUGGACUACGGCAAGUACCAAGAUGACCCAGAAAGCUUUCGGCAAGUGGACGGUACUCCACUGACAGCUGAGGACAUCGUCCAGAAGAUUGCUAAUAAAAUCUACGAGGAGGACGAUAGAGGCGUGUUUGACAGAAUCGUCUCCAAACUGCUCAAACUGGGGCUGAUAACUGAAAGUCAGGCAGACACUUUGGAGUACCAGGUGGCAGAAGCACUCCAAGAUCUCAUCACCAAAAACGCCAAGAACAAUGAAAUUGAUGACAUUGACAGCAUAGACCAAGAGGCCAGAGGAGAGCAGGGGGACCAGGAUUCAGACACGGGCACAUGGGAACCACCAAAGCGUAGCUACAAUGAGGAAGAGGAAGACGAGGCAGAGGCGGAUGAUGAAGAGGCUGACGAUGAAGUGGAAAGGGAAGCAGAGGAAGAUGUGAAUGAAGCUGGAGACACCUGGGAAAAAGGGACAGAAGAUGGAAACGAGGUGAGCCCUGAAGAUGGGCUCCAGGACCUGCAGUACUUCCCAAACUUCUACCGCCUGCUCAAAAGCCUUAACUCAGAUAAAGACACUCAGGAGAGAGAGACGCUCAUAACAAUCAUGAAGACGCUGAUUGAUUUUGUGAAGAUGAUGGUGAAGUACGGUACCAUCACACCAGAGGAAGGAGUUUCAUAUCUGGAAAACCUUGAUGCCAUGAUUGCCAUGCAGACCAAGAACAAGCUGGGGAAGGCCCUCGGGCUCCCAGACGUCACUGCACCCAGUGAGAGAGACUGGGAUGAUGACGACAACACCAAAGCGGAAGCUGCAAAAAUGCAGAAGGAGUAUGAGAACCUGAAGGAUUCCACCAAAGAGGAGCAGCCGUCAGCAGAGACCAAUCAACCUGGCAAGUCAGAAGCAUAUCUGGACGCUAUCAGGAAGAACAUCGAGUGGCUGAAAAAACACAACAAAGAAGACGGAAAAGAGGAUUACGACCUGUCCAAGCUGAAGGACUUCAUGGAUCAGCAGCUGGACUCGUAUAUCGAGAAAGGCAUCAUCGCCAAAGAGGAAGGAGAUACAAUCAAGAGGAUCUACAGCAGUCUGUAACAAACUGAUCCGCCUUCAGCCUAAAGACAGAAUCUAAAGCUAACAUAUUUCCAGUAGUGCGUUAAAUGAUUUAACCUCGAUGAUUUAAAUUAGCUAGAAGAGCCUGUCUAUCUUUCCACAUUUUUAAAAUGUACUAAUGAGUCUUUGUUAUCUUAGCUCAUAUCGGUACUACUUACUACAACUGGACUCGCGUGAGAAAUGAAUGUUGUGGAGGAAAUUGCUGUGCGAUCUGAUCAAUCUUUAAAUUUCUACUAAAAAGAAAUCAAAAAAUCAUAUUCACCAUGUGUAACUUGUUUUAGCCCUAAUAUCGUUCCUUUUGUUUUCAGUGUACGUGUAAAAUCCUAAUUUAUUCUUGCUUUGUACUCGACCAAAAACUGCAUUUAUAGUGUCUGUGUGCCCUGUUCUGUUGUAAUCCCUGCAGAGCCCACUAGGGGGCAAUGUCUGAGUCAUGAAUUAUUUCUUUGCAUGUUUCUACUGCUGUAAUUCAAACAUUUCCAUUACACCAUAGAGGCAUAAGACGUGUUUUUAAAUGUGACUUUUUUGGUGAUUUCUUUCCUAAAGUUGUAAAAGCAAAUAAACUUGUCUUUUCUUUA